AUGAACGUCGACACAAUUCCUGACUUCCUGGCGGAGCAGCGCGACGAGGCCCCGGAGGAGCUCCAGCAUCUUGUUCUCGAGUUCGAGAACUACUGGGAGCGGAAACUUUGGCACCAGCUCACCGACGCCCUCGUCCAAUUCUUCAGCCACCCGGGCAGCAAGCCUCAGCGGCUUCCCUUCUACAAGAUCUUCAUUCUCAAGUUUGCGGAUAAGAUCAACCAGCUUAAGCUUGUCGAUCUCGCUCUGAAGGCCGCUACGGAAUGCAAGGAUGACGAGGAGCGUCUUGCAUUCCUUCAGAGUGUAGCCAAGAAGGUUGACAACGAGAAUUCACAAGAUGCGCUCGUAUAUGCGUCGGUGGCCGUCGCCAGAGUAAAGCUCAACUUGGAGGAUAUGGACGGUGCUAGAAAGGAUCUCGACUCAGCCGAGAGAAUACUGGACAGCUUCGAUUCGGUGGAGGCCAGCGUUCACGCCGCCUUCUACGAUGCAAACGCCAACUACUACCAGCGCAAGAUGGACUUCGCCGCCUACUACCGCAACGCCCUCCUUUACCUCGCCUGCAUCGACAUCAACUCUCUCACAGCUCAGGAACGCCACAGACGGGCGUUGCACCUCAGCAUCGCCGCGCUGGUGUCCGACACCAUCUACAACUUUGGCGAGCUUCUUCUGCACCCCAUCCUCGAUGCCCUCAAGGAUACUCAGGACUCGUGGUUCCGCGACCUUCUCUUCGCCUUCAACCGUGGUGAUCUCCAGGGUUUCGAGGCCCUCUCCGCCCGCAUGCGGUCGAAGGAGCUUCUCAAUGAGAACGCUGGUCAUCUGCGCCAGAAGAUCUACCUCGCUGCGCUGACGGAGGCCGUCUUCCGCCGCCCGCCCCACGACCGCGCCAUGUCCUUCAGCACCAUCGCCCAGGAGACCAAGGUUCGCCCGGACGAGAUUGAGCACUUGAUUAUGAAGGCGCUCAGCCUGGGUCUCUUGCGCGGAAACAUUGACCAAGUCGACGAGGUAGCGCACAUCACUUGGGUCCAGCCCAAGGUACUGGACAUGAAGCAGAUCGCCAACAUGCGUCAGCGGCUGCUCGAUUGGGACUCGCAAGUCAACCAGCUUGGUAACUGGAUUGAGACGGCGGGUGGCGAUGUGUGGGCUGCUUAA